AUCACAUGAGGCUGAUUACAGAAGAACUGUCUGUCAUUCGAGACUGCGUGGAAUGGCCGAGAAGAGAAUGUGCUGAAAUGACAACGAAUGUAGAGACGCGAAGAAGAAAACUCGACACAGACAAGCAAGAUUCUCCAGAGGACCAUGAUGGAGGUCGUCAGCCUGCUUCAUGCUGUGACAGGAUUUGUGUAGCUCACGUUCACUCAGAAGCCAGCGAUGCUCACACUCACUCCUGUUUGUUGCAAACAAGCGCCUCCUGCACACCGAAACACCCACAGAGAACAUGCAGUUUUGGGGAUGAAAUAUGGGAUGAGAACCCGUGCAAGACCACCAUAAGUGCUGAAAAUGAAGUUGAGGCCCAAAAACUCGCGAAUAAUUAUAAGUUUGGCUUCAGGAAGUGGAAGAGUCAUGUGACAGAGCGUCCCUUUGAAGACAGGUCGAACAUUGUGAAGGAGCUUUACUCUGAGCUGAACGUUAUUAAACCUUAUUCAGUGGGUUCAUUGUUCACUUGUGGCAAUGUUCUCUACGUGUUUCUGUUUGGCUGGUGGAUCUCUCUGGUUUAUGUUUUCGUUGGACUCCUAAUGUUCCUCACAGUUUUUGGCAUCCCCUAUGCGAAACUUUGCUGGAAGUUGUCCUGCUAUUUUCUGUGGCCAUUUGGAAAAUCGAUCGACAAGGCCAGUGUUUCUGUGCCAGCGUUCAGUGUGAAGAUCCUCCAGGAUAAUUCCACUCUGGAGGCAGAGGAGGACGGAAAGCCUUCCUCUCCUCUCCUGCUGCCCACACCUGUGGGGGAGACCAUAGAAGAGCCCACAGAAAGUCCACAGAAUGACCACUACUGGUGGCGUAUGAGCACAUAUGUAUGGCUGUUGGUGGGCUACCCUCUCCUGGCCGUAACACACUCUGUAUUGUGCCUUAUCUCCUGGCUGCUGGUUUUCACCAUCCCUGUGGCCAAGAUGAGCACUAAGACCUUACAUACCAUCCUGCUCAUACCCCCCGAACACGUUCACAUCAGCCAAGCCACAGAGGCUCAGGAGCAUGAAGGCCGAGUCAUUUUGUGCUGCUACCAUGCAGUGAACCUCUACUACUAUAAAUACACAGUGGAUGGGAUCAAUGUUUUUGCUGUCAAUCUCUUACUAUUUGUUAUAGUAUCAUUAGUGAUUGGUUACGUGGACAAAUCAAACCAGUUUGUCAGCUCUGAAGUCAAAUUUGCCACAGCAGUCAUCUCUAUCAUUCCACUCUCAUAUUACAUCGGCAUGGGCAUUGCAAGUAUUUCCGCUCAGAGUAACUUUGCUGUCGGGGCCGUGGUGAAUGCUACGUUCGGCUCCAUCACAGAGUUGACCUUUUACAUCACAGCGUUGGUCAGAGGUCAUCACCAGGGGAAUAAGUGCCUGCAGGAGAUCGUGAAGGCAGCUCUUACUGGAACCCUGCUGGGCUGCAUCCUCUUCAUACCAGGGAUCUGUAUGAUAAUCGGAGGGCUCAGGCACAGGGAGCAGAGGUUCAAUAGUCGCUCGACGGGGGUCAGCUCCUCUCUGCUCUUCAUAUCAAUAGGGGGAGUGUUUGCCCCUACGCUCUUCUCCAAAGCCUAUGGGAAUCUAGUGUGUGAGGACUGUACCAACUCUACAGGGACCAACAGCAGCGGAUCCUUCAUGUGCAAAAACUGCCACUACGACCUGAGUGAAAACAGCUACAGCCUGUUUCACAGUCACAUUGAGCCUCUAGUGUACACCAUUUCCAUUCUACUGCCCGUAUCUUAUAUCAUCGGCCUCAUCUUUACUCUUAAAACACAUUCCCACAUCUACGACAUUCACGUUGGUGAAGGAACGGGUCAUCUCGGAGCGUCAGUGCACUGGUCCCGAUGGAGAGCUUUGCUUAUACUCAUCGUUGCCACGGUGCUGAUGUCUGCAUGUGCCGACCUGACCACCGAACACAUCCAGCCCAUUCUAAGCCACUCAUCUAUGUCUCAGUAUUUCAUAGGUGUGACUGUUUUGGCCAUGGUCCCUGAAAUCCCAGAAAUUGUCAAUGGAGUGCAGUUUGCUCUUCAGAAUGCAAUCAGUUUGAGUUUCGAGGUUGGAAGCUGCAUUGCAGUGCAGGUGUGCAUGAUUCAGAUCCCCAUCCUGGUUUUAUUCAACAUCUUCUAUGAUGUUGGCUUUGUACUCAUCUUCAGCGACCUGCACCUGUGGGCCAGCAUCUUUAGUGUCAUCGUUGUGAAUUAUAUUUUUAUGGAUGGAAAGUCUGAUUACUUUCAAGGCACUGCUCUGGUGGUGGUGUAUCUCAUCCUGCUGGCAAUGUACUAUUUUGCUCCGUCUCCUUCUGGUUGCUAAAUGACAUUUCAGCUCAAUGCAUUCAAUGCGUGAUUUACAUUAUAAACACUGUUUACGGUUUCAGAUUAAUGUUAGACUUGCGUUGUGUUAUAGAUAGUAAUAGAUAGACUAUUACUAUUCAUAACAUUUUGUCCUUUGGUACAUCAAUAACAAUUCUGUUCAACAAGAAGCGGACCUGAUUUGGCACUUAAUCAUGUGUAAGUACAAAAGACUGAUUGUGAUAAUAGAAGGAUUAAUUAUUUUACUAAAACAAACGAGACGCACAAUGUAUGUUGGAUUUUACAGAAUUAAUAGAUGUUAUUUUAUUAUGAGACAUAUUAAGUAUUUUGCAAAAGGAGUCCAGUUUUCAAGUGUUUCUUGAUGUGUUGGUACAGGUUCAUCAAUAAGAGCUUUAUGUAUUUAAAAUCAUGCAAAUGAAGUCUUAAUAUAGAUGCCAUUAUUUGAAGACAUUAUUUGCACUGAACAGUUUCUUAUGUUGUACUGACCCCUUUGUGUGUUUCUGAAUGUCUACUUUGUGACUAAACGGCUGUCUAAAAAGUGUAUAUGAGAUAUAAAUAUUUUAACCAGACCUAAGCAUUUUCUAAAUUUUUCUGAAUAAAUAAAUAUGCACUCAUUAAAUUUAGGAUACAAUUUAAAAUUUGGGAUUCUG